CUAACUAUAAAUGUUAUAUGAAUAAAUACCGUUUCAAGUAAAUCUAUCGGUGUGUGCUGAAAGGAUGAUGGAUGCGUGAAUGGGACGACAACAUAAUCACUCGAUUGCAGUGCGUUUUUUUUUAUCUACACGUCCAAGUAUGAUUUGGGCGUCGAUUUUUUGAAGGAUGGACAGUAUCGAGGACGCGUUUGCAUCGCGUACAUCUCGGGGCGUCGCGACGCCGCUUAAUUAACACGAUCGCACCCCUCGCUGCAAAACACACACUUAAACACAACACAGAGAGAGAGAGAGGAGAGAUAUCGUCCGGACGAGAGAACGGAUUUUUAUUACGACGAACGUGCUCCGUCUCGCAAGUAACAUUAUUUCUUUAAUUUGGAGUAUCCCUGCAAAGGGAAGACACGUGGGGCAAGCUGGAGAUGCCAAACGUGUUCUACUUCAUCGAGCUGAUCCGGAACUGGCGGAUAGACACUCAACAGGUUCCGGUCCAGAUCAGCCCAUCGACGCCCAUCAUCAACGUCAUUCCCAAUUCGGUGGAGGAGCCGGAGAAGAAGAAAAGUCCGGAUGAGAAGAACGCAGAAAAGCAGGCCGAAGCUGAGAAGCAGCAGCAGCAACCCAAACAAGGCCCUUUCGGUUGGUUCUGGACGACCAUCAAGGGAAUCCGGCACUGGCUGAAGAGCGCACCCGGUGAACCGGUCGAGCUGCAGACGAUGCUUCCGUCGAGCGUUUCCGUGCAGAAACCGCCGCCGGCCAAGAAGGCCGAAGACAAGAAGCAGGAGGCGGAGAAGAAGAAACCGCCGGAGAAGGCGGGAAAGGGGAAAGGUGGAAAGAAGGCGCCCGCAGGUGGAGGCGCUCCGGGCAUCUGUCUGAUGACGGAAAGUCCUUACAGGAUCAUAAAG